AUGAUGCCGAUUUCGGUUAACGUCACCGUCCAAAAGCCGCUCCCCGGGUUCAAGUCUGACACGACAAACACCAAGGCGGUCCAGCGGCGGUCCACACAGCAGCCGACAAAUCGGCUCAGGUUCGACUUGAACUGCCGCUAUUACGCGACUCGAGAUGAUGUUCCCCAGUGUUUAACAUCCCUGUGGAGGUAUCUGCUUCUCCCUAAGCACCAAAAGCAACUGGCAGGAUGGGAGUUGCUGGGGAGAAAGCUGAGACGUGGGCAAAAUAUCGAAGACAAGACGCCGAAGAUCGUGUUUUUGGAAAUGAGAUUUGCUCAUAUUUGGCUGACCUACGACCAAAUGGGCGUUGCAAGACGUGCGUUUCUGGAUACUAUGGAAGCCCUAAGAGACAUCAUGUCAGGGUUAGCGAGGGCGAAUGCCGACGAGCGAGGUACCCUCGAUUGGGGAAAAGUCUUUUCGUUUGCCUGUCAUCCUCGCAUUGCCGGUGAAUGUAGGAGGCCGUGGGGCAUUGAGCCGGCAGGUUACUACUGCCACCCUCUCGAACAGGGCGGGCCAAGUGGUAGUGCGCAGAAGGCAACCCAAGAGCUUCUCCUCAAGUACAUGGAGGUGACAGACCCUGUUUGUGGAAUGACCUUGGCGACGACCUCGAGUUCCGUCGCCCUUCGAGAGGCUCGUAGGCGAGUGGACCGGAGCGACGACAACACACAACCUCUCUGGAAUGCCAUUUUGUUUUCUUCGGUUCUCAGGUCCGACCCUCUUCAGCUCGAUGUUGACUUGGCCGUCUUCACAACGAAGAAGGUCGUCAAGUGGUACGACGAGCUUCUUUCCUUGUGUAAGGUUGCUGUGCAAUCUCAAGGCAUCGAGAGUCGAGUGGACAAGGCGGUCACCCUUGCCAAACAACUACAAGUAGUGUCCGAACGGGAGACCGCCGCAUCAGGAAGAGUAUCGGUCACAUCCGAGUCCGCGUCCGAGAAGACUCUCUGUGGCGAGAAAGAUUGGGGUCUAGGCAAGGUGACUGUUAUUGAAAUCGAGGAUGUCAAAGAUUCGGCGAGGUACGAGAACGGAGAGGAGUUGGCUCAGCCCAAAAAGGCAAGAUGGUGGAGAAGAGUGCUGGCGUCUUUCGUCACGAAAGUCCAGGUCUCGAAUCGCCAACGGCAACAGGAUGAGGCAAGCAAGCUUGUUCGCCGUUCGUUGGAGAUCAGCCGCAUAAGAACCGAGCUGAGCAAAAGUGUUGUUGAGUUUAGCGCCGAAGUCGAGCAACUCCGGCUUGCAGCCAGAGGGUUUAUUUUGCAGCUGAAAUUACAGACCAAAUGGCGUCAGGUCCAGGCAGUGGCACAAAGACCCGGGGUGACCAUGGCCGAGGUUAGCAAAGUGACGACUGUCAAUAUUGACCACUUGUCGUGUGAGCGACGGCGGACGCAGGCGAUCCUCGAGAAAGUGAGCAAAUUGAAUCGGGCAGACGAUGCCAUGAUGCAGGGAGCAAGAGAGAUUUUGGGGCGUAGCAAGAGACUCAACAAGGAGCUCAAGAGCUUGCACAAGGACCUGAAGAAACACGCUUAUCAAUAUGAACCCAGAGCAAGCUUGGGUCGGCGAGGGACACUUUCGCUCGCGUGGGGACAUGUCAAUGUGGGCUUCUGA